ACACAGCGAGAUUAGGCUAAAACAUCCCGAAUCGGUGAAACUGUGCUCUUCCUUAUCGUUCAACCAAACUGGCGAACGAAGAGGAGAUUCCGUUCCCAACGACCUACUCUUACACUCGUACGCGGGGUUUUCCCUUUUUGCGGUCGAAGAGACCAUUUCUGACUAUUCAAAACGGCGCAAGUGGAAAUCGCGACACGACAAUGACACGGACUCCGGCACAUCUGGCAGAAGAAAAAACCCGUUAACAACUUACCGUUAUCUUGUUGACAAGAAAAGUAUUCGCAUUCCAAUUAAACGUCUUUCCAGCAGAAGUCGGAAAACUGCAUUUUAUCCCGAAUACCAUCUGAAAAAAUAUUGGACAAUUGAUUCACUUUCCCCAGUGAAUAAUACCGAUUUCUCUGUAACUUUUUUGAUUUAGAUGAUAUUACUGGGGAAAGCUCUGCAAAAUACCAUUUGAUUGCCUAUUAGGGUGUGUAGUCAUCUAAAAUGUAGAUAACUAUAUGUUCAUUAUUUUGAUCUUACCAUAAAACAAAAACUAUUCUUCAUACUAUAAAAAAAGGAGCGCGUUUGUUUCGGGCUGACUCACUUGAGGCAAAGGAGUCAUCUUGCAGUGAGGAAGACGCGUCUGAUUCGCUGUUGCUGUUUUAAAUACCUACUAUCAGCCACACAAAGAAGGGGGAAAAGUGGUAUUAGCAGCCAAGAAAGUGUUUGGCAAUAGCUGCUGAUCCAUGCUCUCGAGCCUCGGAGCAGCUGAGGCUCAGCACGAGCCCGUCCCCUCCUUCUGAUGUACAUUAUUACAACAAGGGAUACCCAAUCAAGCACGUAUCUCAUCGAUUCGAACUGCUCUCAGCGGAUUUUGAACGCGCUUGGACAAAAUAACGGAGCAAGCCAGCGUGUGGGCGACAAGUCCGUCCAUCUCUUCUUUCAACAUUUUGUCUUUUCCCCCUUUUAUCUCAGAAUAAGAGAUAUAUCGGUUGAUGUUUCAAGGGGAAUUGGAACCACGCCGGAUUUCCAAGAUGAUAUCAGCGACAUUCAUAUGUUUCCCUGCUGGUUUUUAAAUUGCGGAUGAUUAUUGGAAUCAAAUUUCUUAUGGAUAACACAGUUAAUCAACCGACUGACUUGCCUGUUGCAGCCUCUACCGCGGAGUGAGAGGAUCACUAGCGGCUGAACGGUUUUUUCUCCCCUCCACUGUACUGCUCGUCUGCUCGCCGUAAUAUCCAAGUCGAACGGGGAAAAAAGAGGAAAAAAGACCCGCUUGUUCUGCCUCGUCUUCAGAUCUACCCCUCUCUUCACUGUCUGAGUUUUUGUUUGAAAACUGCCGAUAUAUGUCAGAGCCCUGAAAGCGCCCGGGGUACAGUGUGGAAAGCGCCGCUAUCAAAGACGAGCGGACCAGCUCGGAAUCUCUGGGGCUACAGAACUCUUCAGAAGCCCAUAACAACCAUGCCGCGGAGGAAACAGCAAGCGCCGAGGCGCUCGGCAGCCUACGUUCCUGAGGAUGAGAAGGAGGCAGCUCUCCUGGAGGAGGACCUAGAGGGAGAAGACUCCGCCCAGGAGGAGGAGCCUGCUGUCAAGUACAUGAUCCAGGACAAGGACUUCCUCCUCAAAGAUCGCCCUGCCUACCACGACUCCCCAGUAGCCGACUUAUCGGGCCAGGAGAUGGACAGCGAGUCCCACCUCAGCGAGUCCAGCGACCGCAUGUCCGACUUCGAGAGCUCGUCGCUGAAGAACGAGGAGGAGGUGGUCCUGGCCAAGGAGCCGCUCACCUCCCUCUCCACCUCCUCUGCGGUCAUGAUGGCCGCCAACACGCCAUCCUCAGCCAUGGAGGAGGGGGCCAUCACGUCGCUCACCUCCGGCCCGGACAGCCUGGAGCAGAUGAAGGCCAUCUACACCAGCUUCCUCACCAACUCCUACUGGUCCAGCCUGAACCUGAACCUGACUCAGCCCCCCCCAGAGAAGCCCCCUCGUAGCCACAGCAGCAGCAGCAGCAGCAGCAGCAGUAGCAGCUGUGGCAGUGGGGGCUACGACUGGCACCAGUCCGCCGUGGCCAAAUCCCUCCAGCAGGCCUCCCAGAACCAGAACCGGCACAUCCACCCAGCGGCAGAGACCAACCUCUUCAGCACCGUGCAGCUGUACCGUCAGAGCACCAAGCUCUAUGGCUCCAUCUUCACCGGCGCCAGCAAGUUCCGCUGUAAGGACUGCAGCGGCGCCUAUGACACCCUGGUGGAGCUGACGGUCCACAUGAACGAGACGGGACACUACCGGGACGACAACCACGAGACGGACAGCGAGGGGACCAAGCGCUGGUCCAAGCCCCGCAAGCGCUCGCUGCUGGAGAUGGAGGGGAAGGAGGACGCCCAGAAGGUCCUGAAGUGCAUGUACUGCGGACACUCCUUCGAGUCGCUGCAGGAUCUCAGCGUCCACAUGAUCAAGACCAAACACUACCAAAAGGUGCCUCUUAAGGAGCCUGUCACGCCCGUGGCCGCAAAGAUCAUAUCCUCUGCCAGGAAGAGAGCCCCCAUUGAGCUGGACGUCCCCAGCUCUCCAGAUUCCAACGGGUGCCCCCCCAAACCCCAUCUGAAUGACCCAAACGACCUCUUGCAGAAAACAUCGAACCCUUACAUCACCCCCAACAACCGAUACGGCCACCAGAAUGGCGCCAGCUAUGCCUGGCAGUUUGAGUCCAGGAAGUCCCAGAUCCUCAAAUGCAUGGAGUGUGGCAGCUCCCAUGAUACACUGCAGGAGUUGACCGCACACAUGAUGGUGACAGGGCACUUCAUCAAGGUCACCAACUCUGCCAUCAAGAAGGGAAAGCCCAUCAUGGAGUCCCCUCCCACUCCUGCCCCCACCUCGCUCGCAUCUAUUGAGGAAAAGUUCCAGUCAGUACCCCUGGCUGCUACGGCCUUCUCCCCUCCUCCCCCUGCACCUCCCCCUUCCAUCCUGUCCCCCGCCAUAGCGGUGGAGAUAAAGAAGGAGGAGAAGGAGGAGGAAUGUACUAAAGAGACCAUUAGCAACAACCACAGUAGCAGCAAGGAGAAGAAAUUAGGAGAAGAUGAGGCGGAGGAGAAGUUUGACGUCUCAUCGAAGUACUCGUACCUAACAGAGCAGGACCUGGAGGAGAGCCCUAAGGGAGGCUUUGACAUCCUCAAGUCCCUGGAGAACACGGUCACCUCGGCCAUCAACAAGGCUCAAAAUGGGGCUCCCAGCUGGGGGGGAUACCCCAGCAUCCACGCUGCCUACCAACUCCCCAACAUCAUGAAGCUCUCCCUGGGCAACAGCGGCAAGAGCUCCCCCCUCAAGUACAUGUUUCCUGGAGGGGAGAUCCUGUCCCCCAACAGCAAGAACCAGCCGCUCAUCUCCCCCCCAAGCCGCCAGACCUCGCCCCUGCCCAAGAACAACUUCCAUGCCAUGGAGGAGCUGGUCAAGAAGGUGACGGAGAAGGUGGCCAGGGUAGAGGAGAAGAUGAGAGAGCCAGGGACAGGGGUGGGAGUCAGAGCUUCUCCCAUGAGAAGAACCACACCCUCCCCCUGCCACAGCGAGGCCGGCGAGUCUGCCCGGGGGGAGUCGCCCAAGGACAGGAAAGGGGGCGCCAAGACUCCAGAGAGCAUGGGUGGAGGCUGCCACAAGGACUCUAACGGAGACACCCACAUGAAGGAGCUUCAGGAGAACGGGGUGGAGAACGGGGCAGGGGUGAAGUCCCCCAUGUCAGCUGUGCUCUGUGGCAGCACGGCCAUCAUCACCGACCACCCUACCCCCGAGCAGCCCUUCGUCAACCCCCUGAGCGCCCUGCAGUCCGUGAUGAACGUCCACCUGGGCAAGGCGGCCAAGCCCGCCCUGCCCUCCCUCGACCCCAUGAGCAUGCUCUUCAAGAUGAGCAACAGCCUGGCGGAGAAGGCCGCUGGCGCUGCCGCCGCCCCGGCCCAGACCAAAAAGACCAACGACCACCUGGACCGUUACUUCUACCAACACAUGAACAACGACCAGCCCAUCGACUUGACCAAAGGCAAAGGUGAGAAGAGUAGCUCUCUGGGCUCAGCCGCCCUCUCUUCCUCCACCUCCACCCCCUCCUCCGUCUCCCCCUCUUCCACCGUCGCCAUGGCGAAGGCGUCCUCGGCCGUGGCCUCCUUCAUGGCGUCCUCCCCCCUGAGAGAGAACGCCCUCUCAGACAUCUCGGACAUGCUGAGGAACCUGACUGAGAGCCACACCUCCAAGGCCUCCACGCCCACCAGCCUGUCAGAGCGCUCGGACAUCGAAGGGGCCACCCAGGACGAUGCGGAGGAGAUCUCCCCGGCCCAGAAGAGGAAGGGUCGCCAGUCCAACUGGAACCCCCAGCACCUCCUCAUCCUCCAGGCCCAGUUUGCCUCCAGCUUACGCCAGACGGGCGACGGGAAGUACGUGAUGUCCGACCUGAGCCCUCAGGAGAGGAUGCACAUCUCGCGCUUCACUGGCCUCUCCAUGACAACCAUCUCCCACUGGCUGGCAAACGUCAAGUACCAGCUCCGGAGAACCGGUGGGACCAAGUUCUUGAAGAACCUGGACUCGGGUCACCCAGUUUUCUUCUGCAGCGACUGCGCUUCUCAGAUCCGCUCCCCGUCUACUUACGUGUCCCACCUGGAGUCUCACCUGGGCUUCAGACUGAGGGAUCUGGCCAAGCUGUCUGGAGAGCAGCUGGUCAGCCACAUCUCACAGCGCCACACCAAAGGACUGUCUGAAAAACUGCUCCCCAGCCUUCCCCCACACUCCAGCCACCCACUGUCCUCCCUGCCCCCUGCCCACUCCCCGUCCCCCUCUCCUGAAGAGGAUAGCGGUGGAGCUACAUACCAGUGCAAGCUCUGCAACCGGACUUUUGCCAGCAAGCACGCGGUUAAGCUCCACCUGAGCAAAACCCAUGGCAAAUCUCCAGAGGACCAUCUCAUGUAUGUGUGUGAGCUGGAGAAACAGUAGCACUAGCUGGCUGGGGACCCCACUGCGCUCUCUCUUUGACUCUGUGACACUGUCUCUCUCUCUUUAGCCUUUCACAGACAUUUCUUUUGAAAAAAGGACUAUAAUUAUGAAGUGAAGAAACUGCACAAAGAUGCCACACAACUGCUGUUGAGUUUUGGCACAUGGUUUUUGAUUUUCUCUGUGGUAGACUAACCCUCUGGCCCUGCAAGCUUUGUUUUAUUUUUGUUAAAAUGCUUUUGGAAAAAUACUUUUUCCAAAUGUGCCGUUUUGAAGAAAGGGGUGCUGUUGUCGCUGUUAAAAAACAUAUGAAGGUUUGAAGAAAAAAAAAAAAAACUAAAAUGAAGUGGUAUGUAUUUCAAAAGUUGUGUAAAUUGGAUUUGGUUUCUUUAUAUUUUGGCAUCACUGAUGUGUGAUAAGCUGCAUGCAUUAAUGAAACAGUUUAGUUAAACAUUUUGUGACUAAAUCUGGUGCACUUUUCAGUUUUCUCUCACAGUUUUUUCUCACUCUUCUUUCUUUCACGUGACCUUUGUGUGCUGGUGUCAGCAUCUGAAAUUUAACCCUCUGAGUACGGACAAGCACUUCUACACUCUAUGAUCCAAAAGACCUAUAAGAAAAGAAUGAUACUGUAAACUGAAGGAACUAUUGUGUGGAUUGUGAAAUGCACAUGAGAUUUUAAAGUCCAUGUCCAGCAUUCCGUUUCUAAACGUAGCGAUGUGAUGCAAAAAUGAAAAUUUUAAAGUACUUUACUUUGUUUGGUCAGGGACCUUUAUCAAUUCAGGUCUGUGUAAAAAUGUACAUAAAACAUAUUAACUAAUUUCUGUCUAAAUUAUGCAUCAUUUUUAUAUUUUUAAUUUAAGAGGAGUAUGACUAUCUACUGGUGCACAAUAUAUGAAUACAUUAAUGAAAUUGUUUUGCACAAUAGUUUUAUAAAUAUGUUAUUUAAUCAAAUGAUAUGAAAAUAAGAGGAGAAACAAACUACACAUCUUUUUAUUUCCACCUCGUGCUCAAAGGGUUAAACCUCUUGUACCAGACAGUACAUGUGCAGCUGUUUGAAACGUUAAAAAGAUAAAAAGGUUGUACAAUAAAAAAUGUUACUUUAAUGAAGUAAUGAAGAAACCCACAUGUAACCUCUUAUUUAUAAGUACUCUUGGUUGUUGUUUCAUAUCGUAGAAUGCCUUCUUGAUUGGUCUUUAUUUUUAUUUUUAUUUUUUUUCGUUCUGUCUAAUUACUCUCCCAUGAUUCCACACUGCAGCUUUAUCUUAUUUUUUGGGUGGAAUAUGAAAGGUAACCAUGGUUACCUGAACCUCUUGAUUGACAGGUCUGCUCGGUUUGCGGCGGUUAAUUUGCCGUGGUAACUGACAGCUGCCAGUGUACGGAGACCGUAUGUGUAAAAUAUUGGCAUGUAAACAGCACAGACACUGUAAUGCAUUCUGUGCCGUGGUUUUUCUUUUCUUCUGUUGUUGUUGUUGACAAUGAAGCACCCCAUUAUAUGACUUCAUAUAACCUUUUUUCUACUGCAGCAUUAAAAAGGAAACGUUUUUUUUGUUUUGCA